AUGAUGAACUCGACAGAUUUACCACCAUCGAAUCUUGAAUCAUGCUCUUCUCUUAAACGAGCAGCAGGAGCUACAGACCCAUUGCUCGAUGAACACAAUCAUAUUGAUCCCUCUCAUCAAGUCACUGGUAAAAUUAGUGGAAGAUACACUCAGUUGAGAAAGCAAUUACGUCAGUGCAACCACUUUACAGAGAAUUAUUUUGUUCUUGAGGUGAAUCCCUCGAAUACCUCAUCCCAACAAGCAAUGAAACAACAAAAAAGAAAUCAAAGAAAGAAGAGAAAACAGCAAACACACACAGCGAAAACAUCAUCAUGCAAGCCAAGAUCAAAGAAAGUGAAACAAGAAAAACCAUGCAUGGAGAAUACAAGAGAUUCUUCGCUUGAUGCAACCUCUCCUGAGCAACCACCUUCUACUCUAUCCACACAAGAACCACAACCAACUGUCGAGAACUUUAAUAUCAACAAUAGUGAAAGUUCUUCCACCACUUCCUCCUCACCAAAUUCUCUCAACUUUGUAAAUCCUUUUUCGGUAGAACAACAAGCUCAAUUGAUGAAAGUUCUCGAGCAAAUGUUGCUUCAAAGCUUUUUAAUGAAUAGUGCUUCUGAAACCAUGUUCCUCCAAACAGAGGCACCAUUCGAGAACUUUGCUUCAGUAGGCACGACCAUGGUGUCUCCUGUGGCAACAACUGUUCCUUCCGAUCAAAUCGGUGAUAUGUCAGAUUUUUGUGACAUGAAUUUUGACCUUCUGUGA